AUGUCUGACGCCGAGGAUGUGACAUUCGAGACCGCGGACGCCGGUGCGUCCCACACGUAUCCCAUGCAGGCCGGUGCGAUCAAGAAGAACGGCUUCGUUAUGCUGAAGGGUAACCCCUGCAAGGUUGUCGACUACUCGACUUCCAAAACCGGAAAGCACGGUCACGCCAAGGCUCACAUUGUCGGAAUUGACAUCUUCACCGGCAAGAAAUACGAGGAUGUUUGCCCGACCUCUCAUAACAUGGAAGUGCCCAACGUGAAGAGAACUGAGUUUCAGUUGAUCGAUCUCUCCGAUGACGGUUUCUGCACUCUCCUCCUGGAGAAUGGUGAGACCAAGGACGACCUGAUGCUCCCCAAGGACUCUGAGGGCAACUUGGAUGAUGUCGCUCAGCAGGUCAAGACACUGUUCACCGACGGCAAGUCGGUUCUGGUCACAGUUCUCCAAGCAUGCGGCAAGGAGAAGAUCAUCGCCUCCAAGGAGCUGUAA